AUGUCUGCCCCAGCUGCCCCAGCUACCGUCCCUGCUGCGGAACCCGCUCUUGCUCCUGCUCCGGCUCCUGCUCCGGCCCCAGCCCAGGCCCCAGCACAUGCUAGCACUGGCCCCAUCAACGACCAUGAUAUCGAGGAUUGGAAGAGGCGUGUGAAUGAGGUGCUCGCAAAGCCGGGCGAUGUUGUUAAAUCCAAGUCUCCUGAGUCCGCUGGCGGCUGGAACAACUCGUUCUUCGGGUGCUUUAAUCCUAUCGACCUAUGCCUGAUUACAUGGUGUCUGCCCUGUGUCACCUUCGGCAAGACACAUCACCGUGUCCGCAAGGAUCCCAAGCUCCAAGGAUACGAGCCCAUCAACACUUCUUGCCUUCUCCUCUGUGGUUCUGCCUGUGUUGGUCUGCACUGGAUUCCCAUGUCUAUGCAACGUGCGGAUAUCCGCAGCAAGUACAACCUGGAGGGCACCUGCAUUACCGACAUUGCCGCUGCUUGCUGCUGUGGUCUCUGCGACCUUGUACAGCAGGAUAAGGAGGCCGAAUACCGCGAGAGCCUUGUUAGCGAGACCGCUCUGAAGCAGCCGUACGAGUCAACUGGUGGAAUGGUGUAUCCUGGGGGACAGUAG